GCGUGGAACUUUGGAGUAAAUGAACCUUCGCGAGUGUAUGUGCAGAGGAGAAAAUCGAUAGGCGGGAGGACGAUCGAGAGAAAAUGGCAGCUUCUUCGUCUUCCUUCGUCGCCACAGCUUCUCAGAAGGUCGGACCAGCUGCUCGCCGCCAAAUUCUUACUCUGACGGAGGCCGCUGCCGCUAGAAUUCGACAACUUCUUCAACAGCGCCAGCGUUCAUUCCUUCGCCUAGGCGUCAAGUCUCGCGGCUGCAAUGGCUUGUCCUAUACUCUCAACUAUGCAGAUGAGAAGGGAAAAUUUGAUGAGCUGGUUGAGGAUAAGGACGUGAAGAUAUUGGUUGAUCCAAAGGCGCUGAUGCAUGUAAUAGGAACAAAGAUGGACUUUGUAGAUGAUAAACUGAGAUCCGAGUUCAUCUUUAUCAAUCCAAAUUCUAAAGGACAAUGUGGGUGUGGGGAGUCGUUUAUGACAACAGGCAGUGCAAAGGCAGUUGAACAAUGAGCAACUACACCAAGAGAGUGAAACAGUUGUAAGAAUGUUUGUUUUAUUUAUGUCUAAUUAUAUUCUUAAAACCCAUUUAAGCAGCCCCUUGUGAUCUGCUAAUUAGUUUCUUUUGUUUUGUAUGUACAUAUUGUUGAGUGCAGUGGCUAAAUAAGUUCUCUGAGGUCAGUAAUCAAAUUCUCCCACUACUUUCCCUUGUUCUAGAAUUUGGUGGUUGAGAUCAUAGGAUAAGAGCACUCCCACUCCCUUCUUGUCAAAUGUCUUCAUAUUUCAUAUCACUUAUCACUUAUUAAAGUAUAAUUCAACAGUUCGCUUAUUGA